AUGGAGAAGGACGAAUGGACAGCGGCGGAGUGCCCCGCAUUUGAUUCGAUGGAGGAUCUCCAACUGCCGGAGCCACCGUCCAAUAGCUGCGCGGCCGAGCUGAUUGAUGUACUGGCCGCGCCUUUACCCAGUACCAAGCGGCAGUGUCGCCCUAGCAUUGCUGCCAAACUUGACUCUCGCGAUGACGACGGGCCGGGCACCCUCCCUCCUCUGCUUCCGACUCUGCCCGACGACGGAGUUCUCCUCUCUGUCGACGAUAGCCUCGACUCGCUCGUGCCGGGAGUAAUUAAGGUCUGGCGUGAUCCGAAGCCGUGGCGGGGUGCAAGGCGGGUUCGAUCAAACUGGGUCUUGAAGGCGGAUGAAGGCAUGGAAGACGCAGAUUUCAAAACUGGAGGCGGAGAGGAUGCUGCAAAUGAUGGGUUUACGGAAGGGUCUGAUAGCCCGUCUCGCAGGAGGACCAGGGGAAGGGUUAGGGUUUCGGAUAGUAGGGGCACUGGUCCUGUUGCGGAAGGGGAAGCCCCUUCAGAUAUAGAUGGGGUAGAAUGGAUUGACCCAAACGGGUUUUGCCGUUCUGAAGAGGAUAGCGGAGUGCGGUCAUGGCUCAAGGAACUGGGACUGAGUAGGUAUGCCCCUGUUUUUGAGAUACAUGAGGUGGAUGACGAGGUGCUGCCAUUGCUGACUCUGGACGAUCUGAAAGAUGAGAUCCCCAUCUCUCAGAUCAGCGGGGGCUCCUCGUGGAUGCGUGUGGCUUUCCGGUGGGAGCGGCCAGGAAGUGAGGGCGAGAAGUGGAAGGACUGCCCCCAUCCCCAUUCGUAG